UGGGAAAUUGGACAUUUGAACAGACUGAGUAAAUAUUGCGAUAAGAUAGUGCAGAUUCUUAUUAAGAGUGCUAAAAAAGAUAACCAUUUAGUGUUUUGCUUCUACGCGCAGUGAGUCUGAUCAAAAUGCCAGCUUACAGAUGGGUGUCACGACAUGUGGGUCAACCACUUCCGGAGACGGCUGUUAAAGGAGGUAAAGACGUUGAUGGUAGUCCAAUCUACAUUGGUCGCGCAUACCAUAAUGGAGACACAGUUCCAGCUAAAGUAAUCCCAGACAAACAGGCCGCAUACGUUUGUCACGCCGGCGAAGAGCAUACAAAACAUGAAUUUGAAGUACUUUGUCAAGGAGAAUUUGCGUGGGAAUUCACGAGCAAUGGAGUCAUUCCUGAGGGUGCUGUUGUAGGGGGACAAACCUCUGAAGGAGAACCUCUUUACGUAGGUCGUGUUCUCCACAAUGGCGCGCAAACUGUUGGCAAAAUUCAACCCAGCCACGGAUGUCUUUAUAUUCCGUUUGAUGGCGAGGAAUUGUCUUUUAGAGACUAUGAAAUUCUUGUUAAUCAUUGAGAGCUUAAUAGACGCAAGUCUUUUUUAAAAGAACGAAAUUUGUCAAUUUUUAUUGUUAGUCGAGCUCGAAAUUAUUUAAAUAAAUAUUUUUUAAAUUUUCUUCCUUUAAA